AUGUGUGGGGUUGGCAGAACUCCUGUAUUUCACUAUUUGUGGAAAGAAAGUAUUAUCCCUUUCCCGUGUUUGAGACCCGUCCACUGGAGUGAGGACGCUUGUGGACCGUGGCUUCUCCUUCAAAGCUGCUCGCCUGGAGUCAUUACAGACGUGAGUCCAGUUCUGUGUUCUAAUGUGGCGCUGUUGAUCUGCCCUCGCUGA